AUGCUACUUGAUGGUUAUUUUCAUCUUUGCCAAGCUAUUCUAUGUACAGUAAGAAUUGUUUCACAUCAAAUUCAAUUUACAUAUACACCUCGACAUACAUAUGGAUUAGCUCGAGUUGGUGUUGUUGGUGAAUUAGUUGCUUUUAUUUGUUUUCUUUCAUUAUCUAUUUCGGUUUUUCUUGAAAGCCUUAAACAUCUUAUUGAUGUGAUUUUUAUAAUACCAAAACAAGAAAGUGAUACUACAAAAUUAUACACUGCUCAUGGACGUGAACAUAUACAUAGUUUGAUUGAUCAUCCUAAAUUUAUACUUGGUGUUGGUAUUUAUGCAACUAUUUCUAAUUGUUUAUUAGGCAUUGCAAUACUUUAUAACGUCGUAAAAAGUUCAAGAAAAUUUAAAAAACAAUUAGAACAAAGACGAGCAAAUCGAAAACAACCAUUACCAAGAAAAUUAUUUUCGAAAUCAUUGCUUAUUACGGAUACAUUACCUAUACAUCAUUCAUUUCUUCAAGUAUUUAAUAUGCUACUUGGUCCUUUAGCUAUAUUAGCAUGUGGUAUUUUAUUAAUAAUGUUAUCGGAAAAGUAUCAUGUCCGAGUUAUGUACAGUCGUCUUGUCGAUCCGAUUAUUUGUUGUUUUCUUUUUCUUUCAUAUAUUUUUAUGAUUGCUGUACCAAUUCGAGAUGUAAUGCAUCUUGUUUUACAAGCUAAACCAAAUUAUCUUAACUCGGAUGAAAUUGAAACAACAAUAAUGACAUCUAUUUCAGGUGUUACAGAUAUUCAUGAAUUUCAUGUAUGGCGAUUAACACCACAAAAAACAUUAGCAACAAUUCAUGUUGUUUUUAAUACAACAGAAGAUAUAUUAAGUAAAUAUCAAGAUAUUUGUUUAAUAUUUGAAGAAAAUCAUAUUGAUCAUGUUACAAUUCAACCGGAAUUUUCAUUGCUUUCGGAUAAUAUGAAUACAAUUACUUGCAAUAAUCAAUGUUCACUAGAUGAAGCCGAAUGUAUUGCAAAGCAAUGUUGUGAGACUGCGACAACUAAAAAUAUUAAAGAAAUUUCAAAGAUAUCGAAACCUAGAAUACAUUUUCAUCGUCGUAGUAGUGUUGAUUUACCUUCAAUAGAUACAGAAACUGCAAGUGAAACAGCAGGAUAA